AUGGCCUCAGCCGCACCAUUAGUGGAUCUGCCCAAAUCCAAGUCUGGUGCUUCACCACCGUCAACGGCGACCACAUCUCCAAUAGCCGAAGGUCACGUCAAUACAACUCAAUGGCGAACACCUGAGAAUCCGGACUUUGUUCAUCCUGAUCACGCAAUACCGUCACCAAGUUAUCCCAGCGCGGAGAACCUCAUCAUUGUCUGCUGCCACGCCAUUUUCACUCCGAACGCCGAUGAGUCCAACUUCCCACUGUGUAGUCCUCACUACGAGCCGCAUUGGUUGCUAGCGCCUUUCCAAAAAUCAGACGAAGCGACAGGCAAGCCAGGCGAGCAUGAGACGUUCUUGGCCCAUAUCAAAGCUGGUAUCGAUGCUUUGACCGUCGGAACGGACGCAGAGCAUCCACCUUCAAGCAUUCUUGUCCUCAGUGGCGGGGCUACUAAACGAGCGGAGUCUCUGAAAACCGAGGCACGCUCAUACUACCAUGCAGCGCUCGCAGAAGAGUUAGCAGAAGGUCACAGGGGUGGGGGACGAACUCAUAGACUAUACAACAAAGGAUAUAUAUUACUAGAGGAACAAGCGACGGAUUCAUUCCAGAAUCUGCUAUUCAGCAUCCUCCUGUUCAGGAAGGCUACUGGCAACUAUCCGAAACAGAUUCGGGUAAUCACGCAUGCUUUCAAGUCGAAGCGGUUCCUCGAACUACAUGCUCCGACUAUCCGAUGGCCGAAAGAGCGCAUCCUGGUGCAGGGUAUAGAUCCGCCGAUGGCAAACGACGCAUUACAGAGCACGCUUCGUGGGGAAGAAGAGAACGGAUAUGCGGCGUGGGAGAAUGACCCCAUGGGUACCGGAGAUCUUCUAGGUGGGAAGAGACAGUUACGCGGAUGGGACGCCAGCAAGGCAGCCAAGCAUUUCAAAGACUUGGAAGAUAGUGUCAAGGAGUUGUUUCAAGGCACAGUAUCCGACGAGCUGCCAUGGAUAAGCUAG